AUGCAUUUCACUUCUUCGGUUGGAGACAGAGGAGACAAGUCGGCGCCAUUUUCUCCCUCCCAUGCAGUACUACACGGUAAGUGCAAUUAACUCAAACUUACUGAAACAAUUAUACAUUUAUGCUGAGAAUUUCAGUAUGAACAAUGAAACAUCUACAGAGAAUAUAUGCCUAACAAAACCGUGUUUGUUGCCAGGACUGAGCAGCAAAUCUGUCCUGGUGAUUAGCUAGCUAGAAGUGUCCUGGUCCUGGUGAUUAGCUAGCUAGAAGUGUCCUGGUCCUGGUGAUUAGCUAGCUAGAAGUGUCCUGGUCCUGGUGAUUAGCUAGCUAGAAGUGUCCUGGUCCUGGUGAUUAGCUAGCUAGAAGGGUAAGCUAGCUAACAGUUUGUUACUAAACCGUCUCCAACUUUAUCAAUGAUGAUUUAAUAAAGGAAAUGUCACGUUCGUUGAAGGACGGGUCAGACCAAGGCGCAGCGUGAAAUGCAUACAUGUUUAUUAAAACGAUAAACACACGAACAAAACAACAAAACAACGUAACGUGAAGUCCUCAGGCUAAACACAAUACAAGCCUCUACAUGGAAGAAGAUCCCACAACUAAUGAUACAAACAGGCUGCCUAAGUAUGAUCCCCAAUCAGAGACAACGAGCGACAGCUGCCUCUGAUUGGGAAUCACACCCGGCCAAACAUAGAAAUACAAUAACUAGAAUGUGAACAUAGAAAUAAUGACAUAGAACUCCACACCCUGACUCAACAUACAAGAGUCCCAUAAGUCAGGGCAUGACAGUACCCCCCCCCCAAAGGUGCGGACUCCGACCGCACAAACCUGACAUAACAGGGUAGGGUCCGGGUGGGCAUUCCGCCUCGGAGGUGGAUCCGGGCGUGACGACCACAUUCUCUCAGCCUCCCCAUUGCGCCCCUGGUCUGGUCUGGACCUCGGCGCGCUGCUUCCCCUCUCCUUCCUCCCACAAUGCGCCCUGUCUGGGCCCUGGUGUGGGAGACCUCGAACCUGGAGAGGGGCUGGCGUCUGGGUCUGGACUGGAGCCGCUGACCAGAGCUGGACUGGGCACCGGUGGAGCGGACUGCUCUGGCUCUGGAGUGGAGCUGCUGACCGGAAAUGGCUAGACCCCGGUGGAGCGGACUGCUCUGGCUCCGGAGUGGAGCUGCUGACCGAAGCUGGACUGGACCCCGGUGGAACGGACUGCUCUGGCUCCGGAAUGGAGCCGCUGACCGGAGCUGGAAUGGGCACCGGUGGAGCGGACUGCUCUAGCUCCAGAGUGGAGCAGCUGACCGGAGCUGGACUAGGACUCCGGUGGAGCGGAAUGCUCUGGCUCCGGAGUGGAACUGCUGACCGGAGCUGGACUGGGCACCGGUGGAGCGGACUGCUCUGGCUCCGGAGUGGAGCAACCGACCGGAGCUGGAUCAGGCACCGGAGGAACGGGCACGGGCCGUGCCGGACUGGACACACGCACCACUGGUCUGGUGCGAGGAGCAGGCACGGGCCGGACCGGACUAGGAACACGCACCACUGGUCUGGUAAGAGGAGCAGGAACGGGUCGGGCCGGACUGGGAACACGCACCACUAGCUUGGUGCGGGGAGCAGGCACGGGCCGUACCGGACUGGGAACACGCACCACUGGCCUGGUGCGAGGAACAGGAACGGGCCGGGCCGGACUGGGAACACGCACCUCUAGUCUGGUGCGAGGCACAGGAACGGGCUGGGCCGGACUAGGGACACACACCACUGGCUUGGUGCGGGGAGCAGGCACGGGCCGGGCCGGACUGGGGACACACACCACUGGCUUGGUGCGGGGAGCAGGCACGGGCCGGGCCGAACUGGGGACACACACCACUGGUCUGGUGCGAGGAGCAGGAACGGGCCGGGCCGGACUGGGAACACGCACCACUGGUCUGGUGCGAGGAGCAGGAACGGGCCGGGCCGGACUGGGGACACACACCACUGGUCUGUUGUGAGGAGCAGGAACGGGCCGGACUGGUGACACGCACCACUGGCUUGGUGCGGGGAGCAGGCACGGGCCGUACCGGACUGGGAACACGCACCACUGGCCUGGUGCGAGGAACAGGAACGGGCCGGGCCGGACUGGCGACACGCACCACUGGCCUGGUGCGAGGAACAGGAACGGGCCGUACCGGACUGGGAACACGCACCACUGGCUUGGUGCGAGGAACAGGAACGGGCCGGACUGGGCACACGCACCACUAGCAUGGUGCGAGACGCAGGCACGAGGUGUACCGGACUGGGAACUGACGUUAGAGAUCUCCGACUGUACGACUCUUUCACUCUCCGCGCCCAGUCCUCCUCCCGUGAGGACUCCUCCCUCCUCCUCUCCAUCGCUCCCCGACCACCCUUUUAGCCCCCCCAAAAAUGUUUUUUUGGGGCUGUCUCUCGGCCUUCCUCCUCGGCCGGUGCCUACUGUGUUGCCGCUGCUCCUCUCUAAACCGGGCCUCCACUGUCUCCUCCCAAGGACGGCAAUCCAUCCCAGCCUAAAUCUCCACCCAUAUCCAGGAUCCCUUUCCGUCCAGGAUCUCCUCCCAUGUCCAGGAUGUCUGCUCCUGGGCACGCUGCUUGGUCCAUUUUUGGUGGGAUCUUCUGUCACAUUCGUUGAAGGACGGGUCAGACCAAGGCGCAGCGUGAAAUGCAUACAUGUUUCUUAAAACGAUAAACACACGAACAAAACAACGUAACGUGAAGUCCUCAGGCUAAACACAAUACAAGCCUCUACAUGGAACAAGAUCCCACAACUAAUGAUAACUAACAGGCUACUUAAGUAUGAUCCCCAAUCAGAGACAACGAGCGACAGCUGCCUCUGAUUGGGAAUCACACCCGGCCAAACAUAGAAAUACAAUAACUAGAAUGUGAACAUAGAAAUAAUGACAUAGAUCUCCACACCCUGACUCAACAUACAAGAGUCCCAUGAGUCAGGGUGUGACAGGAAAAACAAAGCGUUAUGUUUUUUUACUGUAUAAAAUCUUUUUUGAGGCUGGAGCUAAUGUCUUUUUUCCCCCCCUUCACUUUGAACAUCAAAGGGGCCGCAAAAAACAUGUCCCAACAUGCAGACGGUGUUUCACGUGUUUAGUUGUCUAUGUGACCAGCGUACCACUGUAUUUGGUGACCCAUCAGAUUCUAUGACCUGCAGUGUUGGAAAAAGUACUGAGAUCAUUUACUUAAGUAAUUAAGUAUAUUAAGUAUAAAAGUAUUACCAGUUAAUUGUACUGAAAUUACUAAGUUCAAGCUAAAGUACAAAAUUAGCAGAAAAUCGGGCUGUGACUGAUUUAUUAAACAUUUAAGUGCAUCAUUAAAUACUGAUGAGUCAAUGCAUAAGCAGCAUUUUAAUAUCUCAGUCACAGCGCGAUUUUCUGAAAAUUAGUACUUUUUCCAACAGUGCAGGUCACAGAAUCUGAUGGGUCACCAAAAAUGGUGUAACACUGUCGACUUAGCUUUAAUCUUUACCGUUCUUCCUUUAAAUGUUUAUUUACUUUAUCAAACUUCCUUGCAUGUCUCAGUCAAAAUGCUGGUCCAGGUGAAGUUACAGCCAACAGCAGAAAUAUGUGAAGCCGGAUGAGGAUGAAGGACGGUUUGACUUUAUGCAAUUCCAUGAAAACGGUUAGCAUGGCUUAGGAAAAAGGUUUUAAACCACACCUAUGUUCUUUUAAAAGCUCAUUGUGCAAGCUCCUUCAUGUUGUCGAUUCUGAUUUCUUUACAUGCCUUUAUCAGACUCUUUUAUACGGUAAAUGGGGUUAAAUUGCUAAUCAUUUUCAGUUCUGUAAUGUGUGCUUCAUAGAGUGUAAAGUAUUAAUAUACACCAAAACAGUCAAUAAAAAAAGCCAAUCAUCAAUUUUUACAUUUGGACUUAAGAGGGAAUGGGUUAUGUGAGGGAAAAUGCUCUAGGUCUAUUGAAGGAUUAUACAGUGGUGGAUGUAUGUAUUUAACGUGAACAGUUAUUCUACAGCUGCACCAAAAAAUUCUACAGCUGCACCAUCGAGAGCAUCCUGACUGGUUGCAUCACCGCCUGGUAUGGCAACUGCUUGGCCUCUGACCGCAAGGCACUACAGAGGGUAGUGCGUACGGCCCAGUACAUCACUGGGGCAAAGCUCCCUGCCAUUCAGGACCUCUAUACCAGGCGGUGUCAGAGGAAGGCCCUCAAAAUUGUCAAAGACUCCAGCCACCCUAGUCAUAGACUGUUCUCUCUGCUACCGCACGGCAAGCGGUACCGGAGUGCCAAGUCUAGGUCCAAAAGACUUCUCAACAGCUUCUACCCCCAAGCCAUAAGACUCCUGAACAGCUAAUCAUGGCUACCCGGACUAUUUGCACUGCCCCCCCACCCCAUCCUUUUUACGCUGCUGCUACUCUGUUAAGUAUUUAUGCAUAGUCACUUUAACUCUACCCACAUGUACAUAUUACCUCAACUACCUCAACUAGCCGGUGCCCCCGCACAUUGACUCUGCAACGGUACCCCCCUGUAUAUAUAGCCUCCCUACUGUCACUUUAUUUUACUGUAUAUAUAGCCUCCCUACUGUCACUUUAUUUUACUUCUGCUCUUUUUUUCUCAACACUUUUUUUGUUGUUGUUUUAUUCUUACUUUUUUUGUUUAAAAUAAAUGCACUGUUGGUUAAGGGCUGUAAGUAAGCAUUUCACUGUAAUGUCUGCACCUGUUGUAUUCGGCGCAUGUGACCAAUAAAAUUUGAUUUGAUUUGAUUUGAUUUGAUUUGAUUUGAUAUUGGCUGUGAGGCAAGAAACAGUGCUGAGUUCAAAGGCACAUUCAGUUUGACCUUACUAUCUUUUCCAGUCAUCGAGAGAUUUUGCCUGCCACCUAAUGCAAAAGUUAUAUACAAGGAUGCAACAGGGACAGAAGUUGAUGCAGAAAUAUUCAGCGACCUCGUUGGACAAGGCAAUGUGGUGCUGACAGUAUUCUCAGAUCAGGGUGAGAGAUCAAGGCAGGUAUAAUAAAGCACUUUACAUCUUACAUAAUAUAAUUAUUUGAAUUUUUUCUAUUCCUUUAGAAUUCUCUGAUUUGAAUUUUUUCUAUUCCUUUAGAAUUCUCUGAUUUCUCCUUGUCUUCUACUUCCGAGACGUCUGACUCAAGCUUCAGCUCAAGUGCAUUCAACUAUAAUCCUAGAUGAUGUCCCUAGCAAGAGACAAAUAAUUGAGGAUACACGUGAUACUGUGUCUGCUGAACAGGUUCCUUAAUGCUUUCACAUUUUUUCACUCUGAGUCUCUAGAAAAGCUAUUUAUCACCAUGUUUUGUAUUCUAAUGUUUUUGUUUUUUUAUUAGUUGAUUGAAGCUGUGCUAAGAGGCAAGUCUGGGGGUGAAGAAGUACUACAGGAGUACCAAACAACAGAAACCCUAACAGAUGCUGCAAGAAGAAAAAUGGUUAACAUCCUGGUGGCUCACAUGAUUGACAAUCAUGGGUAUGUUUGUUUCACAUUUGUUUAUAUUUGUGCCUAAUAACUGCAUGGCCAUUGCAUAAAUGUACUAAUUUAAUAUCUCCUCUCAGGCACCGCCCCACUAAAGCAAUCAGAGAAGAUUAUGGACGUGGGAUAGUGAUGUUGUUCCCUUCCCUCAAGGAUCCAUACUCCAAGAAGGGCUAUGUAAUAGGUAUUAUUAUGGUUAACUCUUUCAUGUCAUGUUGUGACACAAAACUGUGUGGACGACAUUGAUAUUUGAAUUCCGUGAGAUUUCUCAUGAGCCUGGUAUGACAACGCAUUUCUUUUCUUUUUUUUCAUUUCAGGAACACUUCUAUGAUGCUGCAAGCAGCACAGGAUACAUUUCUCGGCGUCUGAAAACAGUCCAGAGGAAGAUU